ACAAGCCGGGGAAACGCGCAGGCGCAGCCCCGCCACCAAUCAGCUGGUGGCGCAUGCGCGCAGCCGUGCCCGCCCACCUGCCGCGUCAGUGUGGAGCGGAGUUUCUCUUCAGCGGCCGCGGCCACAGCGAAGCGAAGCGGCGCUGGCUGAAGGAAGGAAGGCAGGCGGAGGAUGUGCGAGCCCAGCAAGCAGGACAUCGGCGCCAUUUUCAAGAGACUCCGCGCCGUCCCGACCAACAAGGCCUGCUUUGACUGUGGAGUAAAAAACCCAAGCUGGGCAAGCAUCACGUAUGGUGUGUUCCUGUGCAUUGAUUGCUCAGGGACCCAUCGAUCCCUUGGGGUCCAUCUGAGUUUUAUUAGGUCUACCGAAUUAGAUUCUAACUGGUCAUGGUUUCAGUUGAGGUGUAUGCAAGUUGGAGGAAAUGCUAAUGCUUCUGCAUUUUUCCAUCAACACGGUUGCACAACAAACGAUGCUAAUGCCAAGUACAGCAGUCGUGCUGCUCAACUUUACAAGGAAAAGAUUAAAUCUCUUGCAACGCAAGCAACACGGAAACACGGGACUGAUUUGUGGCUAAGCAGCUGUGGAACACCACCUCUGUCACCUCAAGAAAAAGAAGAUGACUUCUUUGCAUCACAUGUUUCUUCUCAGGAUAUUAGUACCCAGUGGUUAUCAUCUCAACCAGAGACAAUUAAUCUAAAUCAGGGUUCUUCAGAGAUCCAAGAAGAAAAACUUGAACAUGGACCAAGUGUUGAUUGUCUUAGUGUGUCUCCACAAGCUUCAUUAGAGAUUGGCUCCAUGAUAAAGAAGAAACCAAAUCAAGUGAAAAAGGGGUUUGGCGCCAAGAAAUGUGGUUUGAGGGCCCAGAAAAUGAGCAGCAAGAGUUUUAAUGAGAUUGAAAAACAAGCACAAGCGGUGGAUAAAAUGAAAGAACAGGAAAACGCACUUGCCGGCGUCAGAAGCGAAGGAGAGGAGCCACUUGUGUCAUCUUUACAACUGAUGUACAAAGAUCUUGAAAUUCAGAUGAAAAAAGAAAAACUGAAUGUGACUGGUAAAAACAAAACAGAAGCAGAAAGACUUGGAAUGGGAUUUAGUAGCAAUCGAAGUGGCAUAUCCCAUUCAGUAAUCUCAGAUAUGCAAAUAAUAGAACAAGAAACGCCUACAGCUGCAAAGCCAAGGAAAAAAUACAACGAUGGGGACUCUUAUUUUUCUUCUCCCAGUUCAAGAUAUUUUGACUCAGAAGAACUGAGAAGCAGCCCUUUUUCCAAGUGGGAUGACAAUUCUGAUUCUUACUGGAAGAAAGAAAGCUGCAACAGAUACGUGGAUGCCACUCUGACUUUGAAAACUGUGGAGUAUUCAAAUAGGCCUGCCUCUUCCCAUAAACCUGAACUAUCUGCAAGCACCGAUGAGGCUCAGAAGAAAUUUGGCAACAUUAAAGCUAUCUCGUCAGAUAUGUAUUUUGGAAAGCAAGACUGUCCUGAAUAUGAAGCUAGAGCUCGGUUAGAGAGGCUUUCUGGAAACUCAGCAAUAAGUUCAGCAGACUUGUUUGAAGAGCAGAAGAAACAGCCAUCAGGAAGUUACACCAUUUCAAACGUCCUGCCGUCUGCUCCUGAUUUGGCUCAGUUUAAACAAGGAGUGAAAUCGGUUGCUGGAAAACUUUCUGUCUUGGCCAAUGGAGUCAUGACCUCUAUUCAGGAUCGGUAUGGAUCUUAACCAUUUAUGUCCCACAAAUCAUGAACAUACGAGAAGACGUAAUAUAUGUCUGCUGGUGGUCAUCUGCAGAUCUUAAAAUAAGGCUACCCUAAGUCUGUGAAAUAUCGUAUUCUGAUUCAUUUGGCACCAAUAGUUUCAUUGCAUGUCCUUCUAGCUCCUAGAACACUUUCGUUUCAUGUAAUAAUUUGUUGUUACUCCUACUUAUCUUUUAGUUGCUCUGCCCAUGUGCUUAUUAUGUUAUGAGUUGUGUGUUUGUUGCUCUUCCUCUCUUUCCCCCUCUACCCCCUUGUGAACACGGGGCUGGAGCAGAUGGCAGUGAUAUGAUGUAUGUUGUUAGAUCUUACACAGAGUAGGGCUAGACGGUAGCAAUAAAUUCCUGAUGAUAAGCUUUAGUUUCCUCUUAGAAGGAGCUGAUAAGAAGUCUUAGUGUAGAUCUCCAGUUUACAUGAUAGGGAGCCUCCUUUGGGCUUUUUCCCUCCUACAUUUGAUAUGUAGGUAGAAAGGAUCCUGCAGGUAAUGGCAUGCAGAAAUCUCCCUUAAUCUGGGUGUUGAACUUGCCAAAAUAAGGGGAAAGCCCAUAGAAUCAGCACAGCUGUGGAAUCUCCCAGUUUAGAAAGUGCUCUCUAGGGACUGGGAAGCAGGGAGAUGUGCCAUCCAAAUCAGUAGGAGCAGAAAAGAAAGACAUCCUAACAUGCCCAGGGAGGAACCACAAACUAGCACAGAAUUAAACAUUUCUUAAUUUCAAAGGAAAUUUCAGUCACUCAGGUGCGUUGACAGUUUUAAAAAUGGAUAUUGAUGUCCGUGAAAAUAAGAGUUGGUGUUUCAUAUGAAAAUUAUAAGAAAUAUUUAAAGCGUUAGCUGAAUGUAUUUUUCAAGAGGAAAGAUGACUAGUCCUUAUUUCAAGCAAAAGAUUUCAUUUUUUGCUCAAAACCAAUUGGUUCAUAGCAUUUCUUUUAAACUGUAUUUUCAAUUCAAGCUGUUAACAAUCCAUUAAGAUAUAAUGAAUGUGUGUAUAAAAGCUGCAGAGUCAAACAUACCAGUGUAUUAAAAAAUCAAGAUAUCAUAAAUAGAUUUUAAAAAGGAUAGUGAAUGUGUGCAGAAAAAUAAACCUAUAGAUAGCCUUGAACUGUAAGUGUUCAAAAAAAAAACACAACAUUCCUAAUAAAAAUGUUGUGGUAUAAAAGAUUACAAAAGAAGCCUCAGCUAUCUUUUACUUUCUGUAUCUUUUCUUUUACCACUGCCAAACAUUCUGCCUUGUAAUAUAUUUGAAAUAAAUUGUAAUUUUAAAUGAA